UCUUUUUGUGUCACCAGGAGGAUUUUUAUCCGACAGCACACGAUGGGACGGAAAAAGAAGGAGGGGUCGAUGCUGCCCUCCCUCAAGGAGGGGGCGGACGGAGAGGAGUCGAUCUACAAGCGGCCCUACGCCGGCAUAAACUGCAGGCCGCCCGGCCGGCCGCGGAAUUCCUACAGCAGAGGGAGCGUUGACCCCAAAAAAAUUACCCGAGUCCAGAGUUCUGCAUCUUUAGAAGAAAUAGAAACCACAGACUGCCUAUUCAGGGCAGGAGUGAAAACCACACAAGGGUCUCGGAAAAGAGAUUCCCAAGAGAGCUCGGAUGAGGAGAUGACUGAGUCAGGAUGGGAGACAGACCUGGAAGGUGAUGAGCCCGAGGACACUUUUGACAUCACCGGGAAAUCCACCUAUGUGGAGGCGUGUAAAGCCUACGGUGUGGUGCCCAUCUCCUACUUCCUGCGCUUCAUGAACGAGGCAGAGGUGUCCAUGAUGCAUCACGGACUCGGGCCGCAGGGCGCCAAGGCGAUUGCUGUCUGCUUGGUAACCAACACAACAAUCGUAAAGUUGAACCUGAAGGAUAACAGCCUGGAGGGAGAUGGAGGCAGAGCUAUGGCAGCCAUGUUGAAGGAAAACUGUUACAUUACAGAGAUUGACUUAUCUGACAACAAGCUGGGAGUGAGAGGAGCCAAAGGAAUAGCCAGCAUGCUGAAGGAAAACAUAUCCCUGGUGAAACUGGUGCUCUCUGGCAACAACUUUGAAGACCAGGCUGCCAAAUAUGUGGCCAAGGGCAUCCUGUUUGCACAGAAGUUAGAGAUCUUAGACCUGAGCCACAAUAAGAUGGGCGAUUUGUCAGGGGAAGUGCUGGGAAGUGCCAUCGCACAGAACAUCUGCUUGCAGGAGUUGAACCUCAGCUGGAACCACGUGCGUGGCGCGGGAUCAGUCGCAAUAGCCAUCGGCCUCGGGGGCAAUAUCGUUCUGAAGGUGAUAGAUUUGUCCUAUAACGGGUUCGAGAAAGAUGGGGCCUCUGCUCUCGGUGACGCUCUUAAAGUUAACUUUACCCUCGUGGAGCUCAAUGUCAGUCACAAUCGCAUUGGAACAGAAGGAGCCAUCGCCAUUGCCAUGGGACUGAAGGAAAACACAGUGUUAAAAGUGCUCAAUAUAUCUUACAACCCUAUGCAGGGCGCGGGUUGUUAUGGGGUACUGAAAGUUUUACAAGACAACCCCAAGACCGCCAUGGAAUCCCUGGAUUUUUCUGGAAUCACAGUAAACAAGGACUUUCUGAGCUUGCUCAGAGUUGUGAAGCAAUAUCUACCUGAUCUCGAAGUGACGUAUGACGGGAACGAAGUGGUCAAAGUAAAAUCCAAGGCUCCUCCUAUUGAGAAGCUGAAAAGCUAUAUGAAGGAGAACGAUCUGGAGGUGAUGAAUUUCCUGGAGAAGGUGGACCUAGAGAACACGAGCAUCAACCUGCAGGAGUUUCAGGACGCAGUGAAGAACGUGGGUGUUCCUUUAUCUGACACUGAACACAAACAAUUGAUGGAUUUCCUGGAUAAAGAUAAGGAUGGCGAAAUCCGCUUCAGUGUAUUAAAUGAGUUACUAAAAAGCUAAUCUCAUCAUCACAAGUAGAGGUUGGUCAUAAUUAGAUGGCACAGAAGAAAGAUGCCACCACAGGAUGCCUCGAAUCUUAAGACUGCAAUUUUAUACAAAAAGCAAAACCUUAUUUCAGAUUAGCCUCAGAGAUCAUCGCCUCAAAACUAGAGCCAGACAAUCUUUUUAAUGUACCUCAAAUAG